AAGCUGCUGUCUCCGACAAUCUGAACAUGGGCGAAAUCUAUUAACGCAUAAAAAACCACAGCCUCUUUAUAUCAUAUUUGAUCCGGGAACAGAGGCCGCGGGGAUUUUUGAUAUAUAUAUAUUUUUUCUGGAUUUAAUUGGAGAUCCAAACAGAGAGAGAAGAUGUCUCGGGGAGUGAUCCAGCCCAGCCAGCAGAAACUGGCAGAAAAACUCACCAUCCUCAACGACAGAGGCAUCGGGAUGUUGACCCGUGUUUACAAUAUCAAAAAGCAAGGACAAGUUUGGAAGGCAUGUGGCGAUCCCAAGGCUAAGCCCUCCUAUCUCGUUGAUAAGAACUUGGAGUCUGCGGUUAAAUUUAUUGUAAGAAAGUUCCCUGCUGUGGAGACGCGGAAUAAUAAUCAACAGUUGGCUCAGCUGCAGAAAGAAAAGUCUGAGAUUCUGAAGAACCUGGCUCUUUACUACUUCACUUUUGUGGAUGUCAUGGAAUUCAAGGACCACGUGUGUGAGCUGCUGAACACCAUAGACGCUUGCCAGGUCUUCUUUGACAUUACGGUGAACUUUGACCUGACCAAGAACUACCUGGACCUGGUGGUGACUUACACUACUCUGAUGACGAUACUGUCUCGUAUAGAGGAGAGGAAGGCCAUUAUAGGACUGUACAACUACGCCCACGAGAUGACGCAUGGAGCCAGUGACCGGGAGUACCCCAGGCUGGGCCAGAUGAUCGUGGAUUACGAGAACCCGCUGAAGAAGAUGAUGGAGGAGUUUGUUCCUCAUGGAAAGUCGCUGUCAGAUGCUUUGAUCAGUCUUCAGAUGGUGUAUCCCAGGAGGAAUCUGUCCGCUGACCAGUGGAGGAAUGCCCAGCUGCUCUCUCUCAUCUCUGCUCCCUCCACCAUGCUCAACCCUGCACAGUCAGACACUAUGCCAUGUGAAUACCUUUCACUGGACGCUAUGGAGAAGUGGAUUGUUUUUGGUUUCAUCCUGUGUCACGCGGUGCUCAACAGCGAUGCAGCAGCGUUGUCUCUGUGGAAGUUGGCUCUGCAGAGCUCCACCUGCCUCUGCCUGUUCAGAGAUGAAGUCUUCCACAUCCACAAGGCUGCAGAGGACCUGUUCGUCAACAUCAGAGGGUACAACAAGCGUAUCAAUGACAUCAGAGAGUGCAAGGAGCAGGCCCUGUCUCAUGCAGGCUCCAUGCACCGAGAGAGACGCAAGUUUCUUCGAUCAGCUCUGAAGGAGUUGGCUACCGUUUUGGCUGAUCAGCCUGGACUUCUGGGCCCAAAGGCGUUGUUUGUGUUCAUGGCGUUGUCGUUUGCCCGUGAUGAGAUCAUCUGGCUGCUUCGUCACGCAGACAACAUCCAGAAGAAAAGCACGGAUGACUUCAUAGACAAACACAUAGCCGAGUUGAUCUUCUACAUGGAGGAGCUCAGAGCUCAUGUGAGGAAGUACGGUCCUGUGAUGCAGCGAUACUACGUCCAGUACCUGUCAGGAUUUGAUGCUGUGGUGCUGAAUGAACUGGUGCAGAACCUGUCUGUGUGUCCAGAGGACGAAUCUAUCAUCAUGUCUUCAUUUGUCAACACCAUGACCUCUCUCAGUGUCAAACAAGUAGAGGAUGGAGAGGUGUUUGACUUCAGAGGAAUGCGACUGGAUUGGUUCAGACUGCAGGCCUACACCAGCGUCUCUAAAGCCAGUCUUGGUAUCGCUGAUCACAAGGAGCUGGGCAAAAUGAUGAACACCAUCAUCUUCCACACAAAGAUGGUGGACUCUCUGGUGGAGAUGCUGGUGGAGACAUCAGAUCUGUCCAUUUUCUGCUUCUACAGUCGUGCGUUUGAAAAGAUGUUCCAGCAGUGUUUGGAGCUUCCUUCUCAGAGCCGACACUCUAUCUGCUUCCCUCUACUCUGCACACACUUCAUGUCCUGCACACACGAGCUCUGUCCUGAGGAGGUUUUUACUGUUUCCCCUCCCCAGCGUCACCACAUAGGAGAUCGCAGCCUGUCGUUGUGCAACAUGUUUCUGGAUGAGAUGGCCAAACAGGCCAGAAAUCUGAUCACUGACAUCUGCACUGAACAAUGUACACUCAGCGACCAGCUGCUUCCUAAGCACUGUGCGAAGACCAUCAGCCAGGCCGUGAACAAGAAGAGCAAGAAGGCGACGGGGAAGAAGGGAGAGCCGGAGAGAGAGAAGCCAGGUGUGGAGAGUAUGAGGAAGAACAGACUACUGGUCACCAAUCUAGAUAAACUCCACACAGCGUUAUCUGAACUCUGCUUCUCCAUCAACUACGUUCCAAACCUGGCUGUGUGGGAGCACACGUUCACACCAAGAGAGUACCUCACCUCGCACCUGGAGAUCCGAUUUACUAAGUCUAUAGUGGGGAUGACUAUGUACAACCAGGCUACACAGGAGAUAGCCAAGCCCAGUGAGCUGCUGACCAGCGUCCGGGCCUACAUGACUGUGCUUCAGUCCAUAGAGAACUACGUCACCAUAGACAUCACCCGUGUCUUCAACAACGUCCUCCUUCAGCAGACGCAGCACCUGGACAGCCACGGGGAGCCCACCAUCACCAGUCUGUACACAAACUGGUACCUAGAAACGCUGCUCCGUCAGGUUAGCAACGGACACAUUGCUUACUUCCCUGCCAUGAAGGCCUUCGUCAACCUGCCCACAGAGAACGAACUGACUUUCAAUGCUGAGGAAUACUCCGACAUCUCUGAGAUGCGCUCACUGUCUGAGCUUUUGGGCCCGUAUGGUAUGAAGUUCCUCAGUGAGAGUCUGAUGUGGCACAUUUCAUCCCAGGUCGCUGAGCUGAAGAAACUGGUGGUAGAGAACAUGGAGGUGUUGACCCAGAUGAGGACGAGCUUUGACAAACCAGACCACAUGGCUGCCCUCUUCAAGAAACUCACAUCUGUGGACAGUGUGUUAAAGAGAAUGACCAUCAUUGGAGUCAUCUUGUCCUUCCGCUCUCUGGCUCAGGAGGCUCUGAGAGACGUGUUAUCCUGUCACAUUCCUUUCUUGGUCAGUUCCGUGGAAGAUUUCAAAGACCACAUUCCCAGAGAGACGGACAUGAAGGUGGCCAUGAAUGUCUACGAGCUGUCAUCAGCAGCAGGUUUACCCUGCGAGAUCGACCCGGCUCUGGUGGUCGCUCUGUCCUCACAGAAAAGUGAAAACAUCAGUCCAGAGGAGGAGUAUAAGAUCGCCUGUCUGCUGAUGGUGUUUGUUGCGGUUUCCCUGCCAACACUGGCGAGCAACGUGAUGUCACAGUACAGCCCCGCCAUCGAAGGCCACUGCAACAACAUCCACUGCCUGGCCAAAGCCAUCAACCAGAUCGCUGCUGCUCUCUUCACCAUCCACAAGGGGAGCAUAGAGGACCGCCUCAAAGAGUUCCUGGCUCUUGCCUCAUCCAGCCUUCUGAAGAUCGGCCAAGAGACGGACAAGAUGACAACCCGCAACCGAGAAUCUGUUUACCUGCUGCUGGACAUGAUUGUGCAGGAGUCUCCCUUCCUGACCAUGGACCUGCUGGAGUCCUGUUUCCCCUACGUCCUGCUACGAAACGCCUACCACGCCGUCUAUAAACAGAGCAUCAGCGCUAAUGCAUAGACACAUAUUACACACUGCAAAGAUCCACCAUACUGUUCACCACCGAUUCAACAAACACACACUACACAUGUACUGACUACAAACGUAACACACUAAUUUAUGCCUAAAAUGCCUCAACGUAACGUUCUUACAAAAAUAUAAAGAAUCAGUGUGGAACAUGUGCAUACAAAUGUUGACACUCUGAAGGUAUGGUUUCAAAGAAUACACAGUCCACAACAAAUAAACCAAUCACCAAAACACGUACAGAACACUAGCAAUUCAGUGCACAAAGAUGACAAAAGAUCUGACAAAAACAAACACAAGCUGGAUGAAGUUGGGGGAUCGGCGUUUUUAUUUUAAUCAUUGUACUUUUUCAUGAUGUUGCAAGGGACCAUUACCAUAGCAACACAUCAUAUACCAUAUGUUUGGUUGGUAUUAAAGAACAAAAAUAUAAAUAUAUAGUAUAUAUAUAGUUGACACUAAAAUAUUUUGUCUUUUUUUUUUUCCAUAAAGAUUUGAGAGUUUUAGUGGCCAGCUGACAACUUUUAUGUGGUGAUGGAUUUGGAUGCUUAUUUUGGGAAUGCAAAUGAUGUGAUGUGGGUUCCUUUUUUUUUUCAUUUUUUUUUUAAAUCAAGGAGGGUGGGUGAGGAUUCCUGGUGUUGAUAACUAAAGACUUGUUGCUUGUUGAUGUAAGUUUACACUUAAAACAAACACUGACAGACAUCCUGAGCAGAUAUAAAAGAACAUUGACACACUAAUCUUUCAAUAUUUCAUCAUAAACACACAUUUGUAUAACAUGGUGAUAUUUUCUUUCUUUUUUUCAAGCUAGAUGUAACGAGAUUUUUGUGGGUAAAGAUAUAAUAUCUGUAUUCUACUUUGAUGUGAACUGAACUCGUCUGUUUUUAAUGUUUCUGUUUUGUUAUUUUUAUGAUGAUGACAAUGAUGAUGAUGAUGAUUUGCCAAAUGUGUUGACACUAAAAAAAAAAUUGUAUCAGGGCUUGGAAGUGGUUGAGUGAUUGGGUAUUAAUGGAUGAAAUGCCAUUUUAAGUGUUGACUUUAACGAUGGAUGUUUGGACAACUAUCCGCCUGACUCGGCGGCAGCUCGGUUAAACGGAAAGGGGUUUACACACAAAACUAUUACAGAGGGAAAUGAACUUCAAGAUAAAUACUUUAGUAAAACAUGUUCCUCAGAGCUGUUUGAAGUAACCUCUCCUAAUAAAGUAAAGCUCCAGUAGGUGCUGCUCUUCUUUUUUCAAGUGGUUAAAAACAGAAAAAGCCAGUGCAAGAUAGGAUUUAUAUCAACACUUGAAAAUACAUUUUUCUGCAGCCCCUGGCUUCUGAGAAGAGGACACAUUUUUUUGCUUCUCUGUGUUUGAUUUUUACAGCCUUACAUUGUUGGCUACCAGCAGGCCCCUCUGAAGCAGCUGGAGGGAUAGUGCCUUGCUGAAAGGUAACUUAAGUACUUAAGAGUAAAUGUUGAGGAUCCAACAUCCACACACAGUGGUUAGACUAAAACAUGGAAAUACUUAACCUUCAAAUUGAAUCCUUCACAGAGAAACUAGCACAUCUUGAUUGAUCUCAGACCUGUCAACAGAAACCUGGAGCUGCAAUAAGACAAAAAACAAAAACAAAUGUACAUAUAGACUCUGGGUGAUGUUUUCACUGCAUUUAUUAACUACUGUCAAUGGGACAUUCUCAAGUGAGGUUACAUAUUGCGACAGUUGAUAGGGAUUUUUUUUUUUUUUUUUAGAACAGACAGAUUAACAACUUUUACAAAGUGCAGUCUGUUUUUUUCUCUCUUUCUCUCUCUAUCAAGGCAUGGCAAAGGGCUCCAUAAUGAGACAUACAUUGCUCCCUUUAUGCCAGCCCUCUGCUGAUGUAUGACUAACACCAGGGAUUUGUCUAAUCGCUCAUACUGCAUACUAUAUCAAACUCUUAAUUUUGGACACAGAUGCUGUAUUUGCAAACUGAACUCAAAUGAACAAUACAUAGCAAGAAAACACUCAAAUCUGGACUCCGCUGCACCAUGAGACAUGACCGUGUAGUAGUAUGCAUUAUAAGCACGUGAGGACAGAUCCAUGGACUCAUUCUGCCAUUUGAUGUGGAAUGGUUGCUGUUUUCUUUCUCAUCAUUCUUUUGUGUCUCUGAUUCCACCGUGUAACUUAAAUGACAUGAAUAAAAUAAACAUUAGGGCUUUGUCAGACCUGA